UUAUAAUUAAUUUAUUUCUAAGUAUUAUUAUAUUUUAAAUACGCGUAAAUGUACAAGAAAUAAUAGAUUCGAGUUUGAUGUCUAGAUUUAUAGAGGAAUGGUUGAAAGUACUCGAUAUCAUAAUGGAACGAAUCAGGUUGAAGAUAAUUACCCUAAAGUCUCAGAUACAAAAAGUCAACUUGCAAUUGAAGCACAGAAAAGAAUUCGGCGAGGCUCUACGCGCCAUAGAUUUCGAACAAUUGAACAUAGAAAAUCAAGAUUGCAUACGAAGAAUCGAGGAGAAAAAUCAGUAUUUGCUCGAAAUGAAAAGAAUCACAGGUCGUUAUAGCAUUGCAUUAACUAAGCACAAGGAAAAAUUGGGUGGCUUGAUAUCAACUGUGAAUGAAGUGAGAAAUAAAAUCGCAUCUAAAAAUAAAAAAAUUACAAAAUUGCAAUCAGAUCAAACAAUGAUGCAAAUCGAAAUCGAGAAGAUGGAAGAACAACACAAGUCAAUCACGGAAUUAAUGAAUAACUUUCAUGUAAUAUUCUUAGAUUUUUAUGUACAGCUUAUUAGCAGAACUUUAUUUCGUCUUCUAAGACAAAAUUUCUUCAAACAAAAUUUAUUAUUUCUCUUUUUAAAGAUUAUCAAAGGAUUUAAAAGACGAAGAAAUGUACAUAUACAUACGUAUAAUUAUUUGUUGCUUAAUGUGAUUUAUAAAAACUGUCAAAUGCAGGUUCCGAGAGUUAUAGACUUCGUUAAAAUGCGUGCAGAACUUCACGAACUGCGUAGAAUUCACAAGCAGUUAACCAGGCAAAGGAAAAUCCAGCAAAUAACACUCAAAUUAAACAGACACUGAAAAUAAUCUCGUGAAAAUUAAGUAAUACAUGAUGAAUAUUAUUAUUAAAAAUAUAAUAUAAAUCAAAAUUAAAUUCUAUCUUAG